UCAACAGUAUGAUUUUUUCACAACAUUUAUUCAAUGUCAUUUUAAAUACACUUCUGCAGGGGAAGGGAAGUAAAGCUCAUUAGAAAUUAGCCACAUAUCAACAUAAAAGGUAAGUUCUUAAAGGAGUAAAGAAAGGAAAGUGUCAAUUAGCAAACAUGGAAUGAUUUAUAAUUAUAACAAAUACAAAAUACAUUUCUUACAAAACUACUUUUUUAUCAUUAAACAUUGAAUAUAGUCUUUGAAUGUCAAAUUAUAAAAAUAUUGAGAUUAUGCAAUAAUCAGUCUGAGUCUGAGGAGACAUUGUGAUUGUUAUGAUGAAGACUGGAACUGUCAAACUUCUUCCUGGGGUAAGUGGAGCCCCCACGAUAUACAACAUGAUUCUUUUCUGUCUCCAGAAUCUUUACUUCAUGCAACAGUUGAGGUUUUUCCAUAAUUUUUUGCAGUUGGUCCCAUAUAAAUAUAGCCAAAUUUUCUGUUGUGCUGACCUGAAAUUUUAAUAACAAAAUAAAUUGAUUUUACAUUCAAUCUUAAUCAAUGUAAUAUAAUUAAAAAAUUCAAAUAAAUAGGUUUUACAUUAUUACACAUAUAAUACUACCUAACACACACAAAUUAAUACAGUAAAUUGAUUAGACCAUCAAAAACUAGAACUCAAAUUACACAAGUAAUUAACACUUAUAAAUUGUGCAACAUACACAAAACAGAAUACUGAUUUCUUACCACUGUUUUAAAGUAUGGGACAUCUUGAUCUAAAUUUUUGUGGUCUAAAGGAUCCAUGAUAGCAGCCUGCAUGUACUGUUUCAAAUCAUGAACAUUCAUGACCAUCCCAGUGUGUUGAUCUACAGGGCCUUUCACUGUAACCAAUACUGCAAAAAAAAUGUUAGAUACUGGCACUCAGUAUUUGAAUAAAGUUAGGGAGAAUACUAAGGAAACAACAUACCAACAUAAUUGUGUCCAUGUCCGUUUGGAUUAUUACAUUUUCCAAACAAUUUCUUGUUUUCUUCAUCACUUAAAAAUGGACUGUAAAAAAUUGUUUACAUUAAAUUAAAAUGCUCAGUUAAAGUAAGCAACUUUUUUACAUGUUACUUACAAAAAUAAGAUUAUAGUUUAGGUGUGUAAAGUUUGUUUUCAAUAGAUCAGAAUUUUCAAAGUUAACCAGAAAUCGUGUUCUUUACUUUUAUUACCACCUACCUGUGUAAUCGGUGACAUGAACUAAACGUCUCUCGUCUGGUGAUAGAUACUAUAGGUAAUGCCAUUUAAAUAGAGUUAAACUAUCGUCUUGAAUAAUCAAGACAAUGUGUGACCUACGAGAAUAAAAUUUUAUCAAAGGAAAAAGUAAAGUUAGGUAUUUUUUUACGAACGUCGAACAAAACCCUCUACUAGCAAGAGUACUAAACUGGUCAUCACAAAUUAAGCCCGUUUUGACAUUUGUAACUAGUGAUGUACUAUACGACUCGGUACACGAUACUCACGAUAAAUCGAUUCAAGCUUGUUUAAGUAUUGUAAAGUGCAUUUGAUUUAAGUUCUGAUUUGAAAAUUUAACUUAAUCUUUAAUAUUGUAGGUAAUUUGAAAUGAUACAAUGGUAAGAAAGGUCAAUUUGUCUUUAAUUUAAAAAUUUUGGUUAUAAUAACAUUCGCUCAGUCACAAAAAAUCAAGAAAAGCGAAAGUGAUUCUUAAAUUAAUAAUUUUCUUCUGAUGAUGAAUUGAUUCUUAAAUCAAUAAUUUUAACAUACUAAUUUCGAAAUCACAAAUGCCAAGCCGACUUAUGUACUUAGUGAAUAAGGACACUAUAAUUUUAAAGAAUAGGACAUAUAGGUAGUUCCUAAUGAUAAUUAAAAAGUUAAUUAAUUUUACUAAAUCGUUUAAAGAUUCUGCCAAAUAACGUUUUUUAUGUUAAAAAAUGUAUAUUUAAUGUGUUUAAACAUGAAAUAAAAAGUUUACGGAACCAUAUUGUAUAGUAUGAUUUUGUAAAAUUUUAAUACUACGCCCCAAAAUUACCGAUUCGAUAAAUUUUAUGACAAACUGCGCGUCUCUAAUGACAUUGUAGAACAAUAUUUUUUUUUUCAAGUUUAGAGCUAAUUUCGAAAACGAAACUUCAUGGGCGCACAAAUGUCAAAACGGGCCUAUUAUUUAGUGAUGACUUUAAACUAUACUAAACUUUUCCUUUUUUUAUUUAUUUAUUGGCAAUGGAUGUACUAAACCUUUCAAUGCCAACAAGGAUUGCCAACCUUAGAUUUUUUCAACUUGUACAUAAGCAGCUAAAAAUCUCGUAUUUUAGCUUUUGAACCUCGUACAUUCUUUUUUUUUAUUCCUUGAACGUGAUGAUUAAGCCAACUAACUAAGGAUACGGCCAAAGUGCACGCAGGUUCAGAAUCAGAUUCAGACUCAGAAAACAAGCGCGAGGAAUAAACAGUGUAGUUUAAGCAGGGUGGCCAUAGUGGCAGCAGGCAACCUGCUUAAACUACACUGUUCAUUUCUCGCGCUUGUUUUCUGAGUCUUAAUCUGAAUCUGCGUGCACUCUGGCCGUACCCUAACAUAAUAAGACUUCAUCUGUUUUUCAACUAGGGGAUUCCCGUUGCAUAGUAAACACAACGAAAUGAAUGACGCAUUGGUGUCGAUUCUGACAGGAUUCUCUAAACUUAAAACUAAAUUUAACAUCAGUCUGUCCUUUUCAUUCUGUAUAGAGAAUGACAAAGAUACAAUGAUGUCGAUUCUGGCAUGAUUCUCUAAAGCUAAACUUAAAUUUGACAACAGUGCAUCUCUGUCAUUCUCUAUACAGAAUGAAAAGGAGAGACUGAUGUUAAAUUUAGUUUUAAGUUUAGAGAAUCACGCUAGAAUCGACACCACUGUUGUCAAAUUUAAGUUUAGCUUUAGAGAAUCAUGCCAGAAUCUAUAUCAUAGACUAGUUAAAAUAGUGUUUGAAUGACAGUGAAGUAGCCGUUACCCUAGUAUCCCAUAACACAAGCCUACAGAAAUCAAGUGAGAUUUAUUCAAAGCCUCAUGGCCUUGAAUUUAUAAUUCGUGAUCUCAUGAUCAAUUUGAUACGAUCAUGCAUCGAUUCUCAGUGCGACGAUUAUAAUGAUACAUAACAUCGAUUUAAUGUACUAGAUCGAGCAUCCCUAACCAUAUUUUAUCUGUCACUUGAUUUUUUUUUGUAAUAUUCUUUUUUUAUAGGAAAAAAGGGGCUACCGACUUUAUACAGCUUUAUCUUGUAGAUUUUGUUUUUUCGAUUUUUUUUUUGUACUAAAUUUAUCCAGCCAGCUUUCUCGAUAAACUUCUGUAAGGCAGUAACAAAGUUCUUACGUCAACUUAACGGAAAUAACGUAUAUUUUAAAAACUCCACUAAUUCUUCAGACCGUUGUUAAUGUUAUCGAAAAGCAAACUAUUUUUAUAUCAUAUUAAGUAUCCACUAUAAACGAAUCAGCGAAUCAAUAAAUUAGGACGCCAAGCGCACUCGAUGAAUUCGCGCUAAAAAUCUCAUCAAAAUAUAAUAAUACUAAUAUAUUAAUUGAAUAUGAGAAGUGCUAACAUUAUUGGCUUGUUGGCGUAAGGGUCAAGUCAAGUGGCGAGUAAUUUAGAUGGAACUAAGUUAAUAUGUACCAACUAUCGUCGUCACGCGCGUCGCCGGCGCCGAAGGCGUCGCGGCGUGCGGGGAGUCCAUUCGGGCCUGAUCCACUGUGGAGGUAGCGGGUUCGAGUCCCGUUAACGAGCGGGACUGUCCUUGGGGUCGAACCCCCCUCUCUACGGCUUCACUCGUCGCGGUCAAGCCCACCACGUGAGACCCAUGUGGGAGGCCCAGUGAGCGAGCGGGCGACGGACUUUGGCGUGAGUAGCUAGUAGCGAGACAGCUAAGACACUUUCGAACAGGCUUUCGAAUCUAAUGUCCUACUUAUAAUAUAAGGCAUACUUCUUAAGGCAUAUAUCAAUAUGAAUAUUUGUUACCCUAACAAAUCCUAACAAUGUUAGGUACCUACCCAAUGACUAAAAAACUGUUGGACAGAUUUUGAUAAAACUUGUACCUAUAUAGGUACAAUAUGCAAAAUAACCCCACCAGAUAUUAACUAUGAGCGAAGUUCAGCAGCGAAAAUAACUGAUGUGGCACCGGUGUGCCAAACGAUAAAUAUUUGUAUAUUUGCUCUCUGAUGUAUCACCGCUUAUAGGAAGAUUGUGACCCCUCCCCCCAAGAAUUUGAAUUAGAAGGUCAAUAUUUGCAUAUUACAGGGAAACAGAAUCUAUAACAUAAAUAUAUAGGUAUUAUUACAACAUUCACACAAACAUACACCCACACGCGCGCGCGCACACACAGGCUUUUGCAUACAAACACACAUACAAGCAAGUGGUACCGAGGUAGACAAGCGGGUGGGACCUGGAGUCCUGAAAUACAAGGUCCCUCUAAUUCUAGUUGAACAGGUUUACUGACCUGUAUAAACCCAUUUAUACCCACUAAAUGUAGCGUAACUAGUGGCCCUUUUGACGAGUAAAAUUGUAAUUUUUUUAAAAAGUCACAUUUGUGAUAUCAAGCUCUUUUUCAAUGAAAUGAAAUGGGGUUUUUAAGUUUAUUUAAUGUGCUUUUUAAUGACACCAACAUUGGUGGGGGUACAUAGUUCUUCCUUCAUGGUUUGCAGUUGCUGAAAAUAGAUAUCUGCCGUUAUCGUUUGGCCAGAUUUUAGAAAGCUGUAGUGAACGACACCAGCGCUAGUCCACCAAACACUCACAAGUAACUUUUUCUGAGUCAAUUUUCGUUUAGGGCAGGAUUUGGCUGGGUCUCCAGAUUUCAGCCAUUGCGAUGAGCGCUUUCAAUAAUCGUACAGUAUUCACUUUUCAUCACAAGUAAUGAUUCUAUUUAAAAUUCCUUCAUUAUUGUAUCGGUUGAGUAAAGUAACACAGCAGUCGACGCGUGUUUGCAAGUUUGAUUCACUCAAUUUAUGAGGUACCCAUCGUUCAAGUUUUUUUACUUUCCCGAUUUGCUUCAAGUUCAAGUGGAUUAAUAGUUUUGUGACUUACCCCGAAGCCUGCAGAUAUCUCUGAAGUGCUUUGUGAUGGAUCCGCUUCCGCAAUAGCCACUCCGGCCGUCCACGGGGUUGGUUCUGAAGGUCGAAAUUUCCAGAACGAAAACGUUGAAACCAAAAACGUACCGUGCUUUCUUUUGCGAUACCAGCGCAGUACACAUCAUUAAUCCUUCGAGCUGUUUCUGCAGCACUGGUACUACGGUAGAACUCGUGCCUACUCGGAAAUAUACCGAAAUUUCAUGUUUUCCAUUGUGCGGUAAUAAGCGACGCCAAAGAAAAAAAUAAUGAGGAAACAAACAAUGGAAUGACUGUUUUAAAAACUCAAAUGUUUAUGGCGGUACGCAGUUCACUGGGAUAGCUAGUGAAUUUAUAAAUAUGAAUUUGGGAUUGUUAUCCAAAGAGGAGAUAUUGCAGAGCAAAGUGGUCAGUAAGACAAAACGCUAAUUUCAUAUCAAUGGUCCAAUGAUUAGGACUAAGUGCGGAAACCGCCCUGAAAAACUAAACAUAUUAUUGUCCAUUAUUGUCCGCUGUAAAGAAAAAAGCCGUAUGUGCGUCGCAAACUUUGAUGAGUGCACCGCGGCAAAGGGCAGAAAUUUGCCGAAGAAGUUUGCCUACUGACAUAUCUCCACUAGUAGGGAUACUUAGUUUUUUUCAAUUUAUCGCUACCAGUUGGGAUGUAUAUGGAACUUUUUAUUUCACAUAUCUGGUAGGGAUAAUUGAAUAUUAUUUUCCAUUUAUCGCUACCGUUAGGGAUAAGUUUUUAAAGAUUUCUUAAUUAACAUUAAAAUAAAGUAAAGUCGCAAUAACAAUUAUAAUAUAAAAAAAUGCCAUACUGAAUUACCUACUGUUUAAAACAUAUCUUUAUUAGUGUCAACCAACGAUAUUUAAAAUACCAUAGAUACACCACGUGUGCCUCUAAAUGUGUCCCAAUCAAGCAGUGCUUGAACCAUAGAGGUAUAACAAUAGAGUAGGGGAGAUAUAGACUCUACUACAAGUGGAAGUAUCUCCUCUAAUAGAAAGAGAAAGAAGAUGAGAGACAGCUAGCUUUCUCUCUCUAAUCGCGCAUGCGCAUUGGCAACCGUAAGCAUCUUACUAUUUCGAAGUGAUGCCAUUGGAUGCUAUACGUCACAAGAGACGGAGAUAGCUAGCGGUCUCUCAUCUUUUUUCUCUUUCUACUAGAGGGACACUUUUAUCUCUAUGGCUUGAACACGACUCGAGCACUUCUUGGUUCACACAGUUAGGCGCAGACCGUUGAAAAGUCAAGUUGCCGCAGAGCUCCGUGAAAAAAUGCGAAAAAAAUAAUUUUAGUAUCUAUGUAAAGUGUCGUUUUUUCGACACGUUUCGAUCUAUCAAUGUUUGUUAAUUAAACGGAUUUGAAUCAAAAUUUGUUCUUUUACUUACUAUAAACUGACUUAAUAGACAAUAUUUGUGAUAUUCAAAUGCAUGGUUAGUAAUAUAGCCGUCUCUUUUCCUCCCAGUCUGUACCUGCUAUAUUGCUAACAGCCCAUUUAGAAUUGCGCGUAGAGACAAAGAAAUAAGGUCUAUAUUCUUCCGCGUAUACCAAUAAGUCGUAAAUUUUUACGAGCUUGCAUUUCGAACUGUCAUAAAUCUUUGACACAUGCGUUUUAAUUAAGACCUUAUACAGUUUGUAUUAAAGGUGACUUUCAAUGUUUAAAUAAUGCCUUAUAUAGUUUUUGACAAAGCGAUCACCUUACGGACCUCUGUGAAUCGCCAAAUGUUCCUUUUGGACUGGUUUCAACCACGAUUUUAAUAAUAAUAAUGUUUAUUGUCAUUUUACUUUUUACAAUUUAUGUUUGAUUCCCCUGUAUUCCAAAAUAGGCCUUAGCGUGUAGUAUGGAAUCCAGUGUCUUCUCCAAUUAGGAUGUCUGUAAGAGAGAAACACGACUACUUUUAAAAUUGGUCGUUGUGCUCGUUCUGCCAUAAUUAGGAGCUGCAGAUUGGCAACAUUCCUAAGAUUUUUAAAUACUUUGUUUGUGAUGAUUAGUUCGUGAGGGUAUUUAAUAUCGUUGGUGUCAACACAAAAUUUAAAAUUGUACUUCCAUACAGUUUUUUACCCUAACCUAACAAGUUCACAUGGGUGGACUCCGGAGACUUGUCCUGCCUAGGUGGACCACGGAUAUAUGUAUUAUCAUUGAGGAAUAAUACGCCUAUGGGUUGUUUUAACCUUAAUGUUCUAAUUUUUGUUUUCCAUAUAAAAAUCCUUAUUUCGAAAAAUGGCUAAGAGGUUCUGUUUAUCAAAAUGGAAAUCAAUAAAGUAUUUUUAACCGACUUCAAAAAAGGACGAGGUUCUAUAUCUCUAUCGACUGUUUUUUUAAUGUAUGUUCACCGAUAUCUCCGUUAAUUGUGGACCGAUUUCCAAAAUUAUUUUUUUAUUCGAAAGAGUGCACUUCCAAGGUGGUCCCAUUGGAACUAAGUCAGAAUCCGGGGAAAUCGAGGGAAUCCUUCAUAUUUCAAAGGCACGCACGAUGUUUUUUUAUGCAUGUUCACCGAUUUCUCUGUCAAUUGUGUUUUUGUUUACUUGGACGAUGUAAUUUUCACUAAAAUGGAUGAAAUAAAAAAAAAAUAAACAAAAAAUAAAACCGACUGCAAAAUCGAAAAUGGAACUAAAAAGUAAAUAAUAAUAUCUGGUUCAUGAUUUGAAAGUCGGGCGGGGUCAACAUUGAAACAUUAAAUAGAUUUUCGUUUCUGAUCGGUAAUAAUACGUCUUUCAAUCUUGACCCGCUCGACUUCCAAAACAUAAACCAGUUAUUAUUUUUUACUUUUUAGUUCCAUUUCCGAUUUUGAAGUCGGUUUUUUUUUUGUUUAAAUUUUUAAAAAAACUGGUUCUGAAUAUUUUUUCUUUUUCACUGUUUCAUAAUCGGAACCUCUUAGCCAAGUAUGGUCUCCUGGCUUCUAAGCUAAAAUUUUUUUUUUUUAUUAUUAUUAUCCCUGUCAGUGAGGAUCAGUAGAGAUAUAUGGAAUAGAAAGUUCCAUACAUCCCAACUGGUAGCGAUAAAAGGUAAAAAAACUCCAAGUAUCCUUACUAGUGGAGAUUCAUCAAUUGGGAUAUAUGGAACAGGGAGAAAUUUGCUUUUAUUUUAUUUUAUAAUUUUAGAAGAUUUUUCAAUUUGACGUGCACAAAUGAGGAAGGAGAGGGGGUCCACUGUGAACCAUUGAACCUUACUCACCUACAGUAACACAAGACUAGCAAAAGGUUGUUACUACCAAAGUUAUAGUUUUCCAACCUACGGAAAGGAUUCCACAUAUGGUUCACGGUUUUUUGGGCGCUUGUAAAGUUACAGCAAAAUACAUAACUACAUCAAAAUAUCAUGCGAAUUACGGACACGUUCAUUGCUCAUGCAUGCAUGGCUUCCUAGAAUUUAAUAAUACUCAACGAUAAUAGUAACUGCCAGUCAAUCAAAUAUGUAAUCAAAAUUUCACGUGUGUAAUCCCAGUAUGUUAAUUUUAAAAGUUAUUUUUGGUUUCAAUUAGCAACUUCCUUUUAAUCUAUCUACAAUGGACAACAGUACAUAUCCCGACAACAGUAACAGCUAUGAAUUCGCUACAAAUGCAAACCAAGAAUUAGAUUUCGUUGAUCAUUGGGCGAAUUUUACAAUAGAAGAAGAGAUACUACGAGGCAAAAAGAUUCGAGAUGAAAAAAGUAGAACCUGUGUCCCUCAAACAGAAUGUAAACUGGUGGAUAUUCAUAAUUCCAAAACAUCUUACAGAGCGAAAUCUAGUUCAAGAUGUCGGACACGUCAGCCUUCUAACUGCUACAAUUCUCAAGCUUUCUGCUCUUCACCUCGUUCUCCCAGUAUUAAAGUUAAAUGCGCUCCGAGAUGUCCUUUGAGAAUUGCCGAGCUAGCUGUACCAACUAAGAGGCAAUGCAUCGAGACAUGGCGAACUAAAUGCGACAUACUGCCACCGUUUAUGGUUGAGAGGUUAAAGCAACAGGUAAUGGAUGAAAGGCCAAUAGUACAUAUAACGGAUGCAGUAAAUUGUUUCAAGAGAGCGACAUCUAAAUCUACAAAAACAUUUCGGAGACACAAAAUGCCCGUUCUCGAUAGCAAACUAAAGAACGAAAGAAUGCUAGAGUUGAGUCAGCUAUGCGCUAUCUUUGGAAAGAAAAUUGCGCAAAAGUUGAUCACUCCUCAAAACAUAAAAUUAAACCCUGAACUGGACAAAAUCUCAAAAAUUGUUGCGGAUGAGCUGGCACAUAUUAUGAGAAGUGGAAACAUUGGUAAACGCAGCAUUAAUGAUAAAAUGGAUGCCGAAAUAUCUGCUAAGAUAGCAGUUUGGAUUGCAACAGUAUUGCAAGACACGUCAUACAAACUAUUAGAAGAAAAUUUAAAAGAGUUAGAGGAAGAAGAAGGGCCUGUAUUGGAUUUCAUCGACGAUGUCAUUGAAAGUGUUAUGAAUAUAUGCAGCCCGCAAACCAAAGAUGUCGUUCAAGAAGAUUAUUCAGAGAAAUCAUCACAUAAAAGCGGUGAGGAUCGAGAUAUGAGCGUCGAUAUAUCAUUAGAUCCUUUAAAAAAUAUUGAACUCGAUAUGUCACCUACUUACGAAAAUAUAACUUCGGAAUCUGGAGACAUAAUAGUCAAGGAAGGCAACGAUAGUACAAUAGCUACAGGGCUAAUGCAUGAUGAAAUUAAUAGAAUCUUAGAUAACAUCGUCCGAAAUGCUUCUGAUAAAGAUGAACCAAAAAUAGAACAAGUUGAUAAAAAUCAAUCUAGCGAUUUAGUUGCUGAACCGGGUGUUGAGAUUGAGCUUGUAGACAAUCAGGAAAUCAGUAGUAUAGUUGUUAAAGAAAGUGUAAGCAACAAUUCACAAAUACUAGUAGAUAAAGAGAGUGUUAAUAAAAUUCAUAAUAUAAUGGAAGACCUCGAAGGUAAUACACAAGUAGCAGAAAAAUCUGAUGAAGAAACUAUUAAUGCUUCUGAAGUGAUUCGUAUAGAACAUAAUACUCCAGCUUCGGAAGGUACUAAUCUUGAAUCCGAUAACAUAAAUGCUAUAGACGAUUUGGAGCAAUCGAAGGCAGAAAAUAAAGUGAGUGACGUAUUUGGCAUGGUAUUUGCUGAAGAAUCUCAUGAUGACAAGAAUAAAAAAGUCCAAUUUUCAGAUAUCCAUUUGGGUAAAAGCGAAAGAAAACAAUUUGAUGGAAAUGAAAUAAAUGGACUGCAGAAAAGUCAAGAAUCAAACAAACUCGGAACCACAACAUCAACCACCUCUGAAAAUAUAAAUUCAAAUAUGGUAUUCGCACCGCCAAAUAAAAACUUGCUUAGUGAUGCCGAUGAACUGUGGCCAGAAGAUAUUGCAAAUCCUACUCCUAAGGCCACCACAAUUGUCAGUAGAUCUGUAACUUCACUGGGAAACAUAACUGAAAAAGAAGAAAAAGUUUCUAUAACAAUUUCAGAGAGAGAUUUGGAAAAAGAAAUUGAAGACUUUUCUUAUAAAAACAUUGGAGAAAAUUUACGUAAAGGUCAUACAAAAGAAGAAAACAUAGACUUAUUAAAAGCCAAAACAGGCAGUAAAAAAAUUAAAAACGGAACUGAUUUACAAAUAAAAUCAUUAUCAGAUCCUCAAUACGACAAUAGAGACAGUGAAAUAAAUAAAAGUCCUGACUUAAAACUGAAUGAUGGCAUCGAUAAGACUAUACCUGAUUCAAGAGUACCUAUAGAAAAAUCUGACAAACUAUUUUUGAAAUCGAACGCCGAAUACAAAGUAACUGAUCCGAUUUCUAAAUUAAACACUACUGAAAAAGAUAAACUUUUGUUAACAAAUACUAAUAACGAUUCCAUUCAAAAAGGCAAUAUAAAAAGCGAUAAGAAUGUUAUUUAUCAGGCAGAUGAACAAAAGCUGACAUCUUUAUUAGCUGCCUCUGAACCCAAAUUUGAUUACAAAGUUAAUCCAAACACUGCGCCAUCGUGGCUGCAACAUGAUCACGGAAAAGGUGAACCAAGUGAAGAUUCAAUCGAUUGCCGAGACAAGGGCAGAUUCAAUGAACAUGAAUUACGGAUUUGGUGUAAGGACUUAGAACGAAUGUUAAGAAAUUUAGAUUUAUGGAAUACCUGGCUAGAAACAACAUGCAAAAAUAUGUUAUUUUUAAUAAAAAAAAGAGGAGCUAUUUUAGAAAUGAACAAAUCAUAUGGUACAUACACAAACAGGAGAAAUAUUCAAGAGUGGAUAAUAUUAAAGAAGAAUAUGGAAAAAGAUUCAAUUUUCUGGUCUAAAUUAAAUUAUCGGGCGUACGCGAAACUGAGGACUUAUAAAGCUAGGAUUGUAUCAACAAAAUACUAUGUAUUAUGUGAUUGCAAGAAUAAUCUCGUGAAAAAGAAACUGUAAAUGGUUCACUUUGUAUUUUUUGCUUUGAUUUCAUGGCUAAAGUCUGUGAAUAAAAUGAUUAUGUACCUACUAAGUCAUAAAUAAUACAAAUCUUUUUCUUUGAAGUACUUUACUGUAUUUCUUACAUAAUAAUUCAGGCAGCCAAUAUUUCAAAUAAUAAUAAAUUAUCAAUAGUAAAACCUUCUGAAAAGCCUUUUUCAACAAUAAUUCAUUAUGUAACAAUGGUAUUUGUAACAAAAAAGGUACUUAUAUUAAACAUAAGAUAAUACAUUUUAUAAGCACAUACCUAUUAUCACACACAAUGGUAUUGCUAUUUUUUUGUCAUGUCACUUAUAAUGCACAAUUAUUUGGUUGAAAUCGUACUUUCGCACAUUAGUGUCUCUACAACCAGCAAAUAUCCAUUUGCCAUUGAAGGAUAGAUCCCUGAUGCCGUCGCAAUCGGAGCCAGUUAAUUGUACCCUGGUCAUGUUGUAUGAUUUAUUCAGUGACAGGACGGUGCAAGUGCCAUCUUGACGCCCCACCACAAACAACUGGUUUGGAAGUGCGAUCAUGCUCAAAACUGGACUGGCUGAUUCGUUCCAUUCACUAACUGCAUCUCCAUUAUUCAGGUUCAGCUGAAUCCUUUCCAUCAGCGCAGCCAACAAUUGCUGUCUGAUCAAUCACAAUACAUGCAUUGCAGGAAGAUUGCAGUUGCUUGCGGUAUAUUUCUUCUCGCUUGGCAAUAUGAGAGCAUAAAACUAAGCCACUUUCACAACCAACUACUAAUAGCUUGUUGCUUGUGCCCACCUGUAAUUAAUAAAAAAUCGGAUAACGAUGUUAUGUUCUUGCCCUUUAUAACGUUUUCGAAGCACCGUAUAUAGGGCAGAGGAAUGGACCAGCGUAAGGUAGCUACGCUCGUGGAGUAUGCAGGAAAAGAACAGAAUAAAGGAGCGUAAGAGUAUGAUGUAAGUCCUGCGCUGGCUAAUUGGGAGCCAGUUCAGUUUUGAGUGGAAAUAAGAUAUGUGGUUAGAAUUGCGAAGAUUUAAAUAAAUCUGAUAAGUACAUAUCUUCUGCAAACGUUCCAGCUUGGUUAACAGUUCCUCGGAUAGAUCAGUGUAACAGACGUCGGCAUAGUUCAGAAUGGAGUAAAAUAAUCUGCGCAAGAGUGCUUUUAGUACUGUACCCUUAGCACAAAUCUUGAUACGCGUCAAAUGUCAAGGAGUUUUAUAUGGAAAUUUGAAGAGCGCCACAACGGACGUAAGGAAAAUUAAAAAAAAUGCAUACAAAAUUACGGUACAAAACUACGUAAUAUUUGACGCGUAUUAAGAUCGAAUACAACUAACUAUUCGAAUUCGCUAUUGGUUGGGAUUGGAAUUCAACAAUUCGAGUUCGUCAAAUGUCAAGAAGUUUUAUAUGGAAAUUUGAAGAGCGCCACAACGGACGUAACGAGAAUUAAAAAUCUUUCAUACAAAA